GGUCGCAAUGUUGCUUUACGGCAGUUGGCGACACAGUCCAGUCAGUAUACAGGAAUACCAGGCCUGAACACAAACGCUUCAAACGCUGUCGAUGGUGACACUAGUCCUUACCUUCACCAAAACAGCUGCACUCACACCCAGCCUGGUGCCCCUCCCUAUCCAACUUGGACCGUCACCUUCACCCAUCUGUACCUGAUUACUAGAUUUAUUCUCUACAACAGACAGAGUUACACUAGUAUGUGA